GUUUUUCGAUCAAUUCGAUGAACUGGUAUGCUGCGCGUUAGAGUGACAGAGACGGAAUGAUUUUAUUUUUGGCAGACGUUUCGAUCGUCAUGCUGUCUCUGUCUUACACGGUUGCGAAUUUUCGGUGGAACUGUCAAACGAGUUUUUUUUUUCGACUGCAGAACACAUUUUGUCGUGUUUUUUCCGUUAUUGCUUUUCUGGUAAGUUUUGUUUUAAUUAAAUUAUCAUUUUAAAGUUUUUAUAAGAAUUGACAACAUGCAUUUUGUUGUUAUGCACUUCUUCCGUAGGGCUUAGCGUGGAUACGUACGGCAGGGUGGCCUACUCAAAGGUAAAACACACUGCACUUCCGGAACUCAUUUUGUCCCCGAACCGAAUUAAGCCUUUCCGCUUGACCACCUGGGAGAUGGCCUAGGAGUAGCCGGUUGUAGCGGAACCGGUGCUGCAGGAGUGCAGGUCAAAUAAUUGGGUCGUCAUCUCCAGAAAGCGUAGAAACGGCAGUAGGUUCCUGAGUAGGGCGACAUCUCCCGCUGUGUCCAAUCCAGAGAACAUCCGCAGAUUCACUUGGGGCGACCGGUUCAACAGUGGUUCCGGCGAGGUUCACCGACCUACCGUAACGAUAAAUAGCUCCGUGGCACCGUCAAGAAUGACGGUAACGCCACAAACAAAGCGUUGGCCGCAGACAAGCCGAAAAUCGAUCUGUAAGACCUGGAACUCACCGUUUUCGUUUCACGGUCGCCAAACCAGUGGUAGCGGAUCUGGCCGCAGAAAUUAGCUCAGUCGAAAUGGAACCGCUUAUGGUGCAGAGGAGCACCGCGAGGCCGAACGACUCCGUCAAGAUGACACUAAGCGAAGCGGCGGUGGCCAACACGAGCCAGCAGCAGCCACAUAAGUCGGUGUCCGGAAGCGCGCAGAAGCUGCCCAAAGCGUUAGCCAUCGACAAACUGACCAAGGUCAAGAGGACGGAGAAGGUCUUCAAAUCAUCACUCGCUGGCCAACAAUCUGGAGAACGUGUGCGAACUAUGGUCGGAGUCGGUGACUUGAGCUGGUCAAAUCGAGACAAUUUCAGUAACACGGCGGCUUCUGACGCCAAGCAGGUGUCUUCCGUUUUGAAACGGAACAUGACAACACAUAAGACAACACAGGUUCUUAGAAUAUUAGCGACUCCGAGCUUAAUUGCUUGUUCAGUCAUACUCGGACUAGAAUCAGCAGCAUCGGCACCAGCCGGGAUUUCUCCGAUGACGGAAUGGCGGAGAAAACGACGAGGGUGAAGGUUAUGAUCGGGAGUCGGCGUGGCGUGGCGGCGGUUUCCAAACAGCAAAAUCAUUUCAAAUCCAUUCUGGUAAAUUGUAAACUCAAGGAUCUUUCAUAAUAUGAUUACACUUCUUAUUUUUUUGCAACAUUUUUGUAAACGGUUCUGGUUCAACAAAAUUAUUAUUGUUAUUCUUUUUCAGCUUGUGCCCGCUUGCUCCGUUGACGAUACACUGCGCGGAAGUCGUCCAACAUCAAGAUCCCGACGGCUGCGAAAUGUUCCGGUGUGAUGCAAACUCGUAAGGGCCGGUCAGUACAACGCCAACAAUGACCGACACCUUCGACGCGCAGGAAACGCCACAUUAUUGGAGCGUGGCUAGUGACGGCGCUGGCGCUAGAGCUCAGUUUUGGGGACAACUAUGGUGAACAAGAAGUACAUCUAGUUCGAAAUGCAAAGAUUAAAAAGCUGAUCAACCGCUCUGUUAACGUCCAAGCCGGCUCUACUACAAGGAGGAGGAAAAUCUCCCCCACCACUGGGGCCAAGACCGCAACCGGCUUCCAGAAGCUGCACGAUCGUUCCAUGUAGCCGACUCCGGUGGCAUCCCAUGAAGACAGCAAAACUGCUAGCGCAGUCGAAAUUGAAACACUACUGGUACCCGGAAACGAAUCCGUCGAGAAGUGGACCCGUGACCUCAAGGAGCAAGCUAAAUUCCCGUUGCAGUUCUGUGCGCUGAUGCCACCGUUCAUGUAUUGUGGCAGCGGAUACGCAGGUGGAAGUCCGGUUCGCCACCGACCACCGGGACUAUCGUGGUAUGCGAAACAACAGUGUCGGCGGGGCAUGGAUCAAAAUAUUCGCUGACGCAGUCGGGUGGUAAAUAACGCGAUUCGUAUGGAGGAGGCGGCGGUCGUGGACAUCGCGAACAAACGUAACCCCCAUGGUUGCAGCAGCGAGACCAGCACCGGGAUUCCAACAAUCACCGGCGGGUCUCUUCGUCGGUGGCGGCACCUUUCAUGGAGCCGGAGAUGGUCGUUCAGCGGCCCACCAUCGAUCCUUAGUAAACCGUCACCGUUCUCGCAACAGAAUGGCCACGCCGGCAUCGGAGAUCAUCUUGGACUGGACGAGGCCAAGCAACGUCUUGCGUCGCGAGGAAGACCAGCGAAGGAAGAUGGAACGCAAGCUGGCCGCGGCCAGGAAGCUGCAGAAGUUGGAGCGAUGAUGACAGCGAUGAUAUGGUCCCCGGGAGACCAUGAGGCGUCACAUUGACUCCGAGGAGGACGAUCGCUUCAGCAGCCGUGCCCGGAGUCGUCCAGCAAGAUGGGCGGCGACGGUGACCGUACAACGUACAAUCAAAGCGUUUCGAGCGACGACAACAGCCAUUAGACGUAUUUCUGGUACUUCAGGGCUGUGGAUUCGAAGCAGGAGUCGGAUAUUUUUGGCCUUGCAACUGCAACUGGCCAGCGAAACCAGUACAACGGGAGCUUAGGUAAAACAACUAUUCUUUACAUUUCUCAACCCGAACUAAUUUUUCCUUCUUCCAGGUCAAAUAAUUUUGCGCCUCCAGAAAGUGGGUUCUGUGGAUCGACCAGGACGUCGGCCCGGAGAUGAAAAAAUAGGUAAAGCGCUGAAUUUUUGACGACCCCGCAGGAUGUCAACAGACGGUCAAGAAGCUGAGGAACCAUCGGAGGCGUGCCACUUCGUUGACAGGAAAAAGUAGAAGCUGCCUUGUUAAAUACUUCCGUUACGCCAAAAGCAGCACCGGCCACCAUCCGGCGCAAUGCUACGGAGCCGAUAUGAUUGCCCUCUGGCCGAACGUCGUUUCCACUUAGAAGGGCGUCUCCGAUCUGGCCCAGCACUUCCUGUUGAAUGUCGGCACGGCGAUUCGCCAGCUGUAAAACCAAAAACAGCCGGCUAGCUCGUGCUUUCGCCAUCCAUCGUCAACUGAACGGAGAAACUCGCUGAGAAGGACCUCGGAACCGGUACCGGUCUGUUCGAGAUCAAAAAGAAAGAUGACCAAUAAUAACCUAGCUCCAAAACAUUUCUCCAUUGUGUCUCCAAGGACAUUCUCAACAAAACCGAACGUAAUCUGUCGGACGAUCUGCACGUUAAACGAAACCUUAUGAUCAAACUGCGUCUCCUGCUGGGCGGUGGUGCCGUUGCAAUUGACUUCUCACAGGCAGUGAGAGCAGUUCCAAGGUCCGUACUGUACCGUCGCCCAAGCCCCCGUUCACGAAAAUCGAGGAUGAUCAACGAUUUGACGAAAGCCGAUCUGUCCGACAUCCGCAACCUCGUCGGUUAGGAAUGAUUCGUUUCGGCUGCAGGAGGUCGUGCGCUUGGAACCACGCUUCCGGACGUUGAAGUGGCCUGAUCCUGAUCAGCGUGGUAAUUUCGUCGCGAGCUUAAAGUGGUUAAUUGUCCUCUGAAAGACUCUGCUAAAAAUAGCAGCGAACGGCGGUCACUGUCCUGCCGGUGUCCUCGGAACGACACUGCACAAAUAUCCUCGAAGACAUCAAGGUAUAAGAUCAAGUUCCGAUCGUGGGAAAACUUCU